AUGGGAUUAACCGCCAAAUCUUUCUCUCAGGCGGCGGAGUUCAUUCUAGCAGCGGCCCUCCGGCGACAAAACCAGCUCGGGCCGAAGGUGAGCGAGUUCAGACACCCUAAAGUGUCCCAUUUGUACAGAGAUGGCCACGAGGAGGCACUCUCUCGCUUCACUCUAAAGAAACUAAUUCUGCUGGUCUGCUUUCUGGAUAAAGCCAAAGAGUCUAGACUGAUCGAACAUGAUCCUUGUUUGUUCUGCAUGGAUGCUGAAUUUAAGUCAAGCAAAGAUCUGCUACUGGUGUUUUCUCGGGACUUCCUCAGCGGUGAAGGCAUUUUGUCACGGCACCUCGGCCACUUGGGCCUAGCAGUAUCCCAUGUUCAGACUCCUCUGGAUGAGUUCAACUUUGCUGUGAAGAAUCUUGCUGUUGAUUUGAGAUGUGGCAUUCGUUUGGUACGGGUCAUGGAGCUCUUCACUCUAGACUGGACUUUGUCUAGAAAGCUGCGGAUACCUGCUAUUAGCCGCCUGCAGAAAGUGCACAAUGUUGAUGUUGCACUACAGGUUCUGAAAGACAAAGGUGUUGACCUUAAAGAUGAGUACGGAGCGAACAUUGACUCCAGAGACAUUGUGGAUGGACACAGGGAAAAGACCCUAAACCUUCUGUGGAAAAUCAUAUUUGCCUUUCAGGUGGAAGUGCUACUUGAUGAGAAUCAACUCAAAGAGGAAAUCAGUUUCCUCAGGAAAACAUGGAGGACUAAACAGAAGCUGGCCUCAUUAAUGGCUAACAAUGGGGUUGCAUUGACGAGGAUGAAGUCAAGACAAGCAUUUGAACAUCCCACAAAAGUGACACUGCUCAUGGACUGGGUCAAUGCUGUUUGUGAAUUCUACAACAUAAAGGUUGAAAAUUUCACGGUGUCAUUCUCAGAUGGUCGUAUCCUGUGCUACCUCAUUCAUCAUUACCAUCCUGGUCAUCUCCCUGCAGAAGAGAUUCAACAGAGAACAACGCAGACCAUUGAAUGUGGCCAUCGUGGCAGAGUGGAGCUCAAUAACUCCUCGACUGACUCGGACUGCUCUUUUGAAAAUUUGCCCACAAAACAAACUGAAUCCCCUUUAGUGGACUUCAGAGAGCUACUUGAGAAUGAGAGAAGUAACUUUAAGUUGGUGAACACUGCUGUGUCUUAUCUGGGAGGGGUGCCUGCUAUGAUAAAUCCAGAGGAUAUGUCCAACACUAUCCCAAAUGAAAAGGUUGUCACAUGCUACCUCUCCUUCCUCUGUGCCCGUCUUUUGGAUCUCCGCAAUGAAACGAGAGCAGCCCGAGUAAUCCAGGGUGCAUGGCGGAGAUACAAGUUACAGAAGGACAUUGAGCUUAUUCAGCAAAGGAACCUGGCUGCUACUAAAAUUCAAGCUCUUGUGCGGAAGUUCAUCUUGAGAAGAAGAAUGAUCAGACAGAGUAAGGCAGCCAUCGUGAUCCAAACAUUCUGGAGAGGAUACGUUGCACUGGAAAAGUUGAGAGUGCUGAAAAAAGAGAAACAGUUUGCUCUUCAAAAUGCAGCUGCAACUGUAAUUCAGAAAACAUACAAAGCUUGGAGGAUUCAAAGUCUCCUAAAGAAAAACCAUGCUGCCUCUGUAAUCCAAGCAGCUUUCCAGAAGUGGCACGCAAAGAAGUUGAGGGGAAGAAAUGCUGCAGCGUUGUGCAUUCAAGCAUGGUACAGAAUGCAGCGUUGUAAAACCCAGUACCUAGAUAUGAAAAGCAAAGCAGUUUGUGUUCAAGCAUGGUUUAGAGGUCACCUUCAAAGAUGCAAGUUCCAGACUUUAAAGAAAAGGCAUGAUGCUUCAAUUGUCAUUCAGAGUGCAUUCAGGGCCUACCUCGUCAGACAACACGCAUCUAAAAUGAAGCAAAAUGCAGUCGCGAUUCAGAGGUGGUUUCGAGCAUGCAUGCUAAGGAAAGCAGAACAGAAGAGAUACUUCAAGAUUAAAUCAGCAGUUCUUGCUCUGCAAGCAGCUUUCCGUGGCUGGAAGGUCCGACGAUCUGUGGCUCAGCGCCACCAAGCUGCACUUAUGAUUCAAACUGCUUUCAGGCAGUUUAUGGCUCAAAGGCACUAUUUAUGUUUAAAAAGAUCAGCCAUUGUUCUGCAACAGAGAUACAGAGCAAAAGUACUUGGAGACAAAUUACGACAAGAGUGUAUGGCUCUUAAACUCGCUUCGGUGACGAUUCAAGCAAUUUGGCGAGGACGAGCUGAGAGGAAGAAGAUCAGUCAACUCCACAGAUUUGCCAGAAUCAUUCAGUCAAACUACCGUAGAUAUGCAGCACAGACACUGUUUUUGGAAAUGAAACAGGCUGCUGUAGUCAUUCAAAGAAACUACAGAGCCUUCAGAGAUGGACGGAAGGUGUAUGCAGAAUACACAGAAAUUAAAAGAGCGGCAAUUGUGCUACAGAGUGCUUAUCGUGGCAAGAGAGCAAGACAAGAACUGCAGAAGAAAAACAAAGCAGCAACUUUGAUUCAGUCUGUGAAAAAAGCACAUAGGUGCCGUCAGAGGUUUUUAGCUCUAAAACGUGCUGCUAUUUUCGUCCAGCAACACCAUCAGGCUUUAGCACUUGGACGGCUGGAAAGAAGCCAUUACAUCCAUUUGAGGCACGCAACUCUAACUCUACAGGCCAUAUAUCGGGGUUCCAAAGUGAGGCAAAAUCUGAGACGAGAGCAUCAAGCUGCUACUAUCAUUCAAGCUCAAUUCCGAAUGCAUAAGGUACGCGCUGCCUUUCUUGCUGCAAAGUGUGCAGCUAUCAUCAUACAGCAGCAAUACAGAGCCUAUAGAGUUGGCAAAUGCAUGCGAGCUACUUACUUGCAAACUAAAAAUGCUGCUGUAGUUAUUCAGUCAGCGUUCAGGGGAAUGAAAGUUCGCAACUACUUGAGAAAAUCUCAUCAAGCUGCAACAGUGAUUCAGGCACAUUUCCGUGGACAUUCCCAACUCAAGAAGUACCAAAGACAACAGUGGGCCGCAUCCAUUUUACAGCAGCGAUUCAGGGCAAUGAUGACUAAAAAUGCUGUCAUGAAGAGAUAUGCAGCCAUGAAAACUGCUGCCAUAUGUAUCCAGUCAGCUUUCCGUGGAAUGAUGGUGAGAAAGCAGAUUGCAGAAAGGCAUAAAUCUGCAAAAAUGAUCCAGAAGACAUAUAGAGCAUUCAAGCAACGCCGUGAUUACCUUGCUCUCAGAAAUGCCACUAUUCGUAUUCAGGAACAGUUCAGAGCAAUUAUAAGUGCAAGGCAGCAACGUAAAAGGUUUUGCUCCUUGAGAGCAGCCGCCAUCACUUUGCAGUCUAUGUACCGAGGGAUGAGGGUAAGGAAAGAAAUCGAUAGAAAGCAUGAAGCGGCUGCUGUGAUUCAGGCAAUGUACAAAAUGUACAGAACUCGAGUGCCAUUCCAAGCUAUGAAACUGGCUGCAUUGGUCAUACAGAGGCAAUACAGGUGCCAUCUACUGAGAAAAGAGGCGAGAGAGAACUUUUUGAAGCUACGGCGUAGUGCAACUGCAAUUCAGGCAAUUUACAGAGGAAACCAUACACGCCGUGACAUUGCUAGAAUGAAUUUUGCAGCCACAGUCAUUCAACGGAAGUACUUUACCUACAAACAAAGAAAGCACUUUUUGUCCAUCAGAGCUGCUGUUGAAUUCUGUCAACAACACUAUCGUGCCGUUUUGGUAGCAAGGUGCGAUCGGAGAGAUUAUUUUGCCAAACGCCAAGCUGUUGUUGCAAUCCAAGCAACUUUCAGAGGAAUGCAGGUCCGUCGACAGAUCCGAAGAGAGCAUGAAGCUGCAACAAUCAUUCAGUCCCAUGUGAGAAAGCACAUCCUCAAGUUGCACUUCCAGCGACUUCGGUGGGCAGUCUGUACUGUUCAGCAGCGUUUCAGAGCUAACAAAAUGAUGAAACGAGAGAUGGUAGCACUGCAAGAACAGAAGAGUGCUGCCUUGAUUCUGCAAGCAGCCCAUCGUGGCAUGAAGUCCAGACAGACUUUGAAGCAAAUGCAUCAGGCUGCCACCACUGUUCAGGCAACUUUCAGAGCUCACAGUGCUCGUAAACGGUAUUUAGCCAUGAAAUGCGCUGCCAUUGUCAUUCAGCAAAGGUACCGUGCCACAAAUGUAGCGAAACAGCAGAGAAAACAUUUUCUUGAAAUGUGCCAAGGUGCACUUGUUGUUCAGGCAUGUUAUAGAGGUCUUAAAGUUAGAAGGAAACUACUACAACAGCGUCAAGCAGCUGUCUUGAUUCAGUCUUGUUUUAGGAGACACAAAGAGAUGGUUAAGUACCAGGCCAUGAGGUUGUCAGCUAUUAUUAUUCAGAGCUAUUACAGGUCAAACAUCCAGGCUAGAGCAGAUCGUGAGAGCUAUCUACGUUUAAGAAAGUCAGCCAUUGUCAUUCAAGCAGCUUAUCGGGGACACUCUCUAAGGAUGCAAUUGGCAGAAAAGCAAGAAGCAUCCAUCAUCAUACAGGCUGGUUUCCGGAUGUACCAGCAGAGGUCAGCAUUUAAGAGACAGCUCUGGGCAGCCAGGGUUCUCCAGCAGAGGUUUAGAGCCCUGAAACUUCGAGGCGAGCAGAUGCGUAGAUACCAGCAGGUAAGAAAUGCUGCUGUAUGCCUGCAGAAAUCUUUCAGAGGGAUGAAGGGGAGAGAAUUGGCCAGACGAACCAAGGCCACAAGAACCAUCCAAUCCUACCUAAGGAUGGCUGUCCAACGGCAGCGUUUCUUGAAAGAAAAAGCUGCAGCAAUCACGAUUCAGUCUGCGUACAGAGGCCUUUGCGCCAGAGUUCAGCAUGCCAGGAUGCAAGCAAGCGCAACACUCAUCCAAAAGUGGUACAGAUCAUGUAAACUGGUCCAGAAAGAUCGGAAUGGUUUUGUUGCUCUUAAGCAAGCUACACUUAUCUUGCAAUCUGCAUUGCGUGGAAUGCUAAUGAGGAGGCUUGCAAAGCGAAGGCUGGCUGCAAUCAAGAUUCAGUCUGUUAUGCGCAUGCAUGUACACCGCAAGCACUACGUGACGCUCCGCUCAAGUGUCCUGAAGUUGCAAGCUCAUUACAGAAUGUUUGUGGACCAGAGAAGAUACCGCAGGUUGCAGGCUGCAACUAUUAUUCUCCAAAAGCAUUACAGAGCUCAUAGGGCAACAGUGGAGCAGAGGAGCAUUUAUCUGAAGACACUCCAGCACAUAAAGAUCCUUCAGGCCAGAGUGCGUGGACACAUUGAGUACAGAGGAUUUCAGAGAUUGCGUGCGAGUGCCAUCACAAUUCAGGCACAUUAUCGCGGGAUGAUUGAAAGACGCAGGUUUCAGCAUCUCAAGGAAUCGGUUUUGGUUUUACAGAAGCAUUACAGAGCUUUCCGCCUCUGCCAGAGAGGGCGUGCACAGUUUCUUCAACUGCGAAAAUCAGCUGUUGUGAUACAAACAGCAUUUCGGGCUUAUCAAACAAGACAACAUGCUGUGCGAGCACAGGCUGCCCAGAAAAUACAGGCCUGGUUCCGAGGACGCAUGGCUAGACGAAACUACAUUUUAAAACAAGCUGCUAUUGCAACCAUUAGUCGGUGUAUUCAAGCAAGACGCCAACGUUCAAGUCUAACUAAACAAAUAACAGCUGCUGUGAAGAUACAGUCAGCUUUCCGAGGCUUUAGCCAAAGACGUCGAUAUCACCAACAGAGAGAUGCUGCCAUAAUUCUACAGCGCCGUUUCAGAUUUUUACGGCUGGCCAGAAUUAAAGAAGAAAAUCUAAGACGACGACACUAUGCCGCUGUCUAUCUUCAGGCUUUGUGGCGUGGUUGGCUUGCAAGACAACAGAUGAAAGAAAUGGCUUGUGCUGCAAGACGCCACCGUUUCACAGCUGCGGUUUACCAUCAUCUCUGUGCAAUAAGGAUUCAGAGAGCUGUGCGAGCACACUGGGCUCUUGAAUCCGCCAAGAGGAAGAUCUCUUCGGUCCUAUACAUCCAGCAAUGUUUUAGGGCAAAGCUGCAAAGAAAGAGAUACCUUAAAGACAGAGAAGACAUCAUCAAGACCCAGAGAGCAGUGAGAACUUGGUUACAUCAUCGCAGCAAAGCUGCUGCUACUAUCCAGCACGCAGUUAGGAAGCUCCUUCUGAGACGCCGGAAGGAGAGGCUACAAUGUGGAAUAAUAAAGGCACAGGCACUCUGGAGGGGUCAUCGUUCAAGAAAACAUCAUGACACAAGCAAAGUUAUUUCCAUGAGGCGCCGUCUCAGGGAAGUAAAUCGAGGGGUGAAGGAAGAGGACAAGCUUUGUAACAAGACUACAACAGCACUAAGCUACCUGCUUGGACUUCAAAAUUAUGCUUACAUUCUUGCAGCCUUGAAACAUUUGGAAACUGCCACAAGACUUUCUCCAGAGUGCUGUGAACGUCUUGUUGAAAGCAGAGCAACACACACCAUCUUCACUCUGAUAAGGAGCUGCAACAGAAGUGUGCCUUCAAUGGAGAUCAUCACAUUAUCCAUCCAAGUUCUUCUCAACUUAUCAAAGUACAACAGAACCAUUGAUGCAGUUUAUGAUGUGGACAACUCUGUAGAAACCCUCCUAGAUCUUCUGCAGAUCUACCGGGAGAAGGCUGGAGAUAAGGUUGCAGAAAAAGGUGGCAACAUCUUUACCAAGGCUUGUUUUCUCUUGGUCCUCUUAGUCCAGGAUGAAAGGAGAGCAAUGGAGGUUCGAAACCUUCCAAAGGUUUCAGAUCGCAUUCGCAGCAUCUACCGACUUACACUUCGAAAGUGCAAGAUGGAUGCUGAGAGAAACAAAGUCAAGCAGAAAAUGAACGCCUCUCUCAAUGGAAGCUUCCUCCUCCAAGCCACCCCUCGAAAAUCAAAACCUGUGGCCAGGUUUGCUCCCGACUGGGUUCUACGGCGUGACAAAUUAAAGGACAUCGUGGAUCCUCUUCGUGCCAUUCAGAUGCUGGCAAACGCUCUGGCUAUUGUGCCUUGAAAAUAUUGCAGCAAGGAAAAGUCUGUAUUACCUGUGCCCUGCCAAAGUGUUGCUCAGAAUUGUGCACCCUUGUAAAUAUUAUGUAUUUUUGUAUUGUGAAUAUUUUUAAUGCCGUUUUAUCAAAAUGUUGUGGAUGACUGUUUUAUUGGCGCAUUGGGGUCUGUGCUAAAAGAUGGCACGUUAGCUCUGAGAUUCUGUAAAUACAAGUGCAGUUUGGAAUUGAUUUAUUUUAAAGCGCUGGAAUUGAAUAUUAAAAAGAACCACAGCUUGUUCUUUUUCUUCUGAAAUAACA